GUUCACAUCCACAACCCCGGAAUAGCCCAUCACAGGACCUUCACCCUUGGCUGGUGGACACCAUUCAACCUGCCGGGGCAGGAUGAACGUGGUGGAGGACGCGGAGAGUUGGCGGGUGCAGGAGCGAGAGGACAUCAUCAGAAAAUAUUCAAAGGGGCACCGAGCUGGCCUGCCAGAGGACAAGGGGCGUGUGCUUAUCGGAAUGUUCGAACACGUGGAUCCGUUUGGGAUUGUGCAUGAGACGGAGCUGCCUCCUCUGACUGCGCGGGAGGCAAAGCGAAUUCGACGGGAGACAAGGAGAAACAGCAAGUGGCUGGAGAUGCUGGGCAAAUGGGAGACGUACAAGAACAGCGAAAAGCUCGUAGAUCGCAUAUACGAGGGAAUUCCCACGAACAUCCGGGGCCCGGCGUGGUCAGUCCUCCUGAACAUUCAGGAAAUCAAAUCAAAAAAUCCCAGCAAAUAUAAGCUCAUGAAGGAGAAGGGCGAGAGGUCAUCUGAACACAUCCACCAGAUCGAUCGGGAUGUUAGCAGGACUCUCCAGAACCAUGUCUUCUUCAGGCAUCGCUAUGGAGCCAA